AGGCGGGGCGGCGGCCGGGGCCGGGGCCGGGGGGCGCCAGGUGCAGCUGCGGGCCUAUCUCCGCAGCCGGAAGGAAGUAGCCGCAGCAAGAGGAGGAGGAGGAGGCGGCGCCUGGGGAUUAGCAGCCGGGCCAGGCGCCCUCUCUUCGCUCCCCUCCUGCGGAGCGAGCCGCCGCGGCCGGAGACCAUGAGCCUGAACGAGCACUCGAUGCAGGCGCUGUCCUGGCGGAAGCUCUACCUGAGCCGGGCCAAGCUGAAAGCCUCCAGCCGCACCUCCGCGUUACUCUCGGGGUUCGCGAUGGUGGCUAUGGUGGAGGUUCAGCUAGAAAGAGAUUAUGCCUACCCUCCAGGUGGCUAUGGUGGAGGUUCAGCUAGAUCCAGAACAUGUCUACCCUCCAGGUCUCUUGAUAGCUUUCAGUGCCUGUACUACUGUGCUUGUUGCCGUUCACCUCUUUGCUCUCAUGAUAAGUACCUGCAUUCUUCCAAACAUAGAGGCCGUUAGUAACGUGCACAAUCUCAACUCUGUAAAGGAGUCUCCGCAUGAGCGUAUGCACCGGCACAUUGAGCUCGCCUGGGCGUUUUCCACUGUCAUUGGGACUUUGCUCUUCCUUGCAGAAGUGGUGCUGCUGUGUUGGGUGAAAUUUCUUCCACUAAAGAACCAUCCUCUUGUUUCAGUCCAUGACAACAAUUCUACAAUCACCUCAGGAGAGGCAGCAGCCAUUGCCUCAACAUCUAUUAUGGUACCUUUUGGAUUAAUUUUCAUUGUAUUUGCUGUCCACUUCUAUAGGUCACUAGUUAGCCACAAAACAGACAGGCAGUUUCAAGAAUUGAAUGAACUUGCUGAGUUUGCACGACUCCAGGAUCAGCUGGACCACAGAGGCGACACCUUGCCACCUCCUGGCAGCCAUUUUGUAUAAAGCUAUAUUUGGUUUAAAAAUCCAUUUUUUGCUUCUGCCUUGCUAUGUUGACUCUUCCUUGCGUGAACUAGCUGGACUGUUGAUUUAUUUUAAAGAGAGAUUUAUAUGUUCUGUGCUAAUUUCUUUCAGUCAAAAAAUACCAUGACAUCUUAGACAACUGACAUCUGAAGAGAAUGAUGUUGGGGUAUGGCUGCACUGAGCAUGCAUCUCUCAUCCCUUUUCUUAUCAUCUGAAUUGUUUCUUUUUAAUGGUGAAUAUAUCAAUGCGUAAGAGGAAUUACAUUUUAGGCCUUGGUAUUUGUUAAUGGUGGGAGGGAAGCCUUAUUUCUCUCUCUUUGAUGUUGGUGUUUGCUAGAAAGUAUUCUUUGUCUAAUACAUGUUGCAUGGCACAAUACAAAUUACUUGGGACUUGGAGAAAUUAGCAUUUGGUUUCAGUGCUAAGCUGUGAUCUCUAAAAGUCUGAUGAAAGGUAAAAUUGAGAGCUUUUCCACCUUCCCUUUUCCCACUAGCUCCCCCAAUCAUGGUUUUCUGCCAAGUAACUAUUCCUGUACUAAUUUCUAUAGGGCCUGUUGCCAUGGCAGCUACCAGAUACCCCUGAUCAGUCCUAUUGUGAUGUGCAUCUGUAGGACUGGUUUCAGAGUAGCAGCCGUCUUAAUCUGUAUCUGCAAAAAGAACAGGAGUGCCACAAGUACUCCUGUUCUUUUUAUCUGUAGGACUGAGGCCCUAAGCCUACUCUUCUUUUGGGAAGAAAAUAUAGAGAAAAGCAAUACCUGCUUUAAAAUUCAUGGGAACAGAUAUGUUCUCCAAAGUGAUAAAAUUGCCUGUUCUCAUUGAAGAACCAU